GUGAAGAUCGACAGGCCAGGCUGAAGCUGUCAAGCCGCGCUGGCCGAUACUGCCCGCAGCAGUUGCGGCUCGAGGAGGUGCGGGUUCUCCUUGAGCGCGCCAGCGCGUGCUGGGGCUUCGCAGGUCGCUCAUGGCGCGCUGCAGCACUGGGCUGGUGGACUUUUCCGACGACGAGUCGAGCCUCGGCAGCGAGCCGCCGUCGGAGGCGACGCCGGUGCAGGGCGUGUCUUUUUCGCCAGAGUGGCCCGCGUGCCCCGAGCGGAGCUGGCUGGAGAGCCUCCGGGGCGAGCUGCGGCACGCGUCGCUGGAGCAGAUGCGGAAGCUGCGGGAGUGCGCGGGGGCGGCGGCGGAAGGAGGCCCCGCCGACGGGCUGGGCAGCGCCGCCGACAGCUUCCUGGACGCCGUCCAGCGCCUGGCCGCUGCCGAGUGGGACGGCAUGGCCCGCCCCUCCUCCGCCGCGACCGCCGAGAAGCCGCCUCAGCUGCCGCCCGCCGGCAGCGCUCCGGGCCUGCCGCCGCCGCCCCGCGCGGCGGCCGCCCAGCCCUGCACGACGCCGCCCCGGGCGCCGCCCUGCGCGGGCCACGCCGGCAGCGCCGCGGGCGCCCGCGGCGCGGCCCCGGCGCCGAGGGCCCGGAGCGAGGAGGCCACCUUCCAGCAGGCCCUGCUCGAGAUCGUCAAGGAGAUGUCGCCGGACGCACGCGGCUUCCGCUUCGAGGCGGCCGCCGCCAGCGACACCCUGCAGCACGCGUUCGACGAAAGCCAGCAGCUGCGGCGCGCACUGGACGAGGCGCUCUCGCCGCUGUGCGUGCAGAUGUCCCGGGCGGCCGACCACACUGGCGACGCCACGUCCGAGCUCGUGCAGAGGCGGCGGUCCAUCGUCAGGGUGAACCCUCCGCCUUCGUGGGCUGAGCAGCCUCUCCAGGCGAGGUGAGCGCUCUUCCUUCCUGGGCCGAGCUCCUCUCCGUCUAAUUCGUGCCGUCCUUGCGCGGCGGUGUUGUCCAUGCGCCGUGGACGCGAGUGGGCCACUGUGAGCAGUGUUGUAUGCAUCGGCUGCUCGUGCCCUUACGGCCGCAGCCAGGCCAUUUGCGUCCUGGGGGUCCCAGCCAUACCUGCACGGGGCUGGACACACUGGGGCCAAUCGAGUGAUUAUGCACUAGUCGUAGGAUAUGCUUUGCACGCCUUCCAUGAAGGGAUCGCCUGCAGUUGCCGCGGAUGGCCAGCAUCUGGACGUGCAGCAUGAUGCACGCAACUUUUUGUCAUUAGGUGGGUUCGGACGCGCCAGUUUGACAGAUACUUCUGGUGCAGCUUGAUGACUGCCCCGGGUCGGGCGCAGGGGAAUUUGAUUUUGCGGGCAGUCCUGUUGCCGCGCUAGAGAUCGCACCCUGACCGUGUGAUGAUCUGUGCUCGGGCCUAUCUCGCGUGGCGUUGCGGCUCCUUGAAUUCGAAGCGGGCCGCCGAAUUCCAGAGAUUUACCGCACGACCCACUGCCGUGUGUCUGGUGAGCAAAAUCUUGCCAGACCAUUGACUGAACAACUGCGAAGACGUGACCGGAGGAGGAUGAGGAGGAG